AUGAAGUUCUUCGCCUCCCUUGCUUUGCCUCUCGCCGCCGCCAUCUCCGCGCAGGCAAUCACGAUUAAAUUCGUGAACCAGUGCGACUACACUAUAUGGGCUUCGGUCGGUAGCGCCCCAUGGGGCUCGCCAGAUCCAUCUAUUGCGUACGGCAAAGAGCUGCACGCGAACGGUGGCAGUGAUUCGUACACUGUAUCUGAUACAGCGGUCGGCGUUCGCGCCUGGGGCCGUACCGGCUGCGACUCGACCGGUUCGAACUGCAAGACAGGUGCCUGUGUUGGUGGCCUCGUCUGCACAGAUGGAGGCAUCAACUCUGGUGUCGUCUUGUCCGAGUACGGAUACGCGGACUUCGGCGCAAACUACGGCGGGGAGAGGACCUCGUGGGACUUGAGCCGUGUCGACCUCGACAUCAACAUCCCCACGCGGCUCGUCGUCUCCGACGGCCAGGAGGUCUUCUGCAAGUCCGACUCGGACUCUGGCUGCCCUGCGUCGGAGGCCUACUCCACCUCGACGGACUAUGCUGCGGACCGCAACUCGCCCCUUGGCCAGACGUACACCCACUACUUCUGCCCUUAA